AUUAUAACAACAAUGACCGAAAAUGUAAUUUAUAACUUUGUUAAUAAUCACGGUAUUAAUUUACUCAACAAUGAGACUUUUGAUCAAGUUCUAGAGUUUGCGGUUUUGCAAAUUUGCGAGGAAACUACAGAAAAAAGUUUGUCGCAGAUUUACGGUUCGAAACCGGAUGCGGUAAAAAGUGCCUACUCGGGAUUAACGAGUUUAUUCGUCGAGGCUGGGAGACAACAUUUUGAUAAAGAGAAAUUAUCAGCGACUUUAAAAGAUUCACAACUAAAUGCUCAACAAAUUAAUAAAAUUUGCGAAGCCUACGAUGUAAAUAGGGAACAAUUUCAGAGGAAAUUACAAGUUAUUGGAGGUGGACUUCCACAUCUCGUUGAUGUUAAUUGGAAAUUGGAUUACUGCAUAAAGUCGAAUGCAACCGAUACGAAUGGAACGCCAAUUUAUUUGAUUAGCCUGCAAACGAUAAAGCACGGAGAGGCAAAAUAUUUAAAAUUCACUUGUACUCUGCAACAAUUGCAAGAUUUGCUGCAUAAAUUAAAAGACGCCAUGCGUCACAUGGAAAAAUUGUCAACUUGAUUAUUAUUUAAUAGUAUUUACUAUUUACAAAUAAUUUCCACCAUCAGUAGAAAUUUAUUUUCGAAUAUUUAAUUUUUUUUAAUAAUUUAGAAAACUUUUGGAGAAUAUUACAUUUUUCAUAA